CAAAUGUCACCGACCACGAUUUGAGUUGAAAAAGGAAAAGAAAUUUAUCCCACAAGUCCAAAAAAAUCGACCCAUUCAGUGAAUUCGCGAUUAGUGCGGAUUUGCGGAUUUCCAAUAAGAAAAUAUAAUUAUUUUUUGUUUCUAUAUCCUCAAAUCGAUUGCGCGUGUGUGCUUAAUUAGCCAAAAUAUAUAGAUUUACACAAAGAACAAACGAAAAUUCUUUGAAAAAAAAAAUAUAUUUCUUCAUCUUAUAACAAAUGCAGUUCAUAAAAAAAAGAUAGAAUACUAAAUUACACUAAUUUUUCCGAGAGAAGUGUAACCAAAAAAUUCAGAAGGAAAUUAAUUUUAUUCACUUAAAAAAAAAUUCAUUGCAAAAAGUUGUAUUUGCAAAAGAAAAACUAGCCUUCAAAAUGCGUGUCGUAGCAAUGGUUAGUGGCGGCAAAGAUAGCUGCUAUAACAUGAUGCAGUGUGUUGCCGAAGGACAUGAAAUUGUUGCAUUGGCAAAUCUUCAUCCAAAGGAUAGAGAUGAGCUCGAUAGUUUUAUGUACCAAACUGUAGGUCACAUGGGUAUCGAGAUACUUGCCAAAGCUAUGGGACUACCUCUGUAUCGACGCGAAACAAAAGGCAAGAGUACACAAACCGGCAAAUACUAUGUACCCACCGACGAUGAUGAGGUUGAAGAUCUCUACACUUUAUUGGAGGAGACGAAGAAAGAGCUGAAUGUUGAAGCAGUUGCCGUAGGAGCUAUUUUAUCUGAUUACCAACGUGUACGAGUGGAAAAUGUAUGCAGCCGCUUGAAUCUUGUGUCGUUAGCUUAUUUGUGGAGGAGAGACCAGACUGAACUUUUACAAGAAAUGAUUGACUGUCAUGUUCAUGCAAUUAUAAUAAAGGUAGCAGCAUUAGGUUUAGUACCCGAUCGUCAUUUGGGAAAAUCACUACGGGAAAUUCAACCUCAUUUAAUUAAAAUGCGGGAUAAAUACGGACUAAAUGUGUGUGGUGAAGGUGGAGAAUAUGAAACCUUUACUCUGGACUGCCCACUUUUUAAGCAAAAGAUUUUUGUUGAGGAUGUUCAAACGAUAAUCAGUUCUAAUGAUCCUGUUUGCCCAGUGGGGUAUAUUAAUUUUACCAAAUUGCGACUGCAUCCAAAAGAACAAAUUCAUUCGUGUGAUAUGCUUGUGAAAAAAUCCCUCGACUAUAUAAGUGACUUAAAUGAAUCAACUUAUAGUGACCUUAGUGAUCCAGAUUUAAGUGAAACGGAACUCGAAUUGAUCGAAAAGGAGAACCGUUUGCGUGAAUCGCUCAGUCAAAAUGAGCUGAUAUCACGAAGUAAUUCAUUUGGGCGUAAAAUUGCCUCCUCAUCACCAAUUCCCAUUUUGACAAAAAGUGCAAGUGUUGAGGAGCCAACAAUUGGUUCAAUUACUUUAGCGACUAGUGUCCCAAUGACUCAACCACCGAGUCCAAUGAUCUAUGAACGGGAAUUCCGUCCUCUUACUAACAGUCCAGUGGUUGCAAUAAACCGAAAGGGCUGGAUGUGGGUAGCUGGUAUUCAGGGAUGCGCUCCGACCCUCGAAGAAGGCAUGACCAAUGCCAUGAAUCAACUAAGAACAAUGGCGACAGAGAACGGCUAUGAGAUGAGUGACUAUUGUUUUGUGACUGUCUAUGUUCGAUCUAUUGCCGAGUACCUGAUCCAGAAUCGUAUAUAUGCCAAUGCAAUGCAUUUCCAAAAUCCCCCAACUCGAGUGUGCGUGGAAUGUCCGCUACCGGAAGAUUGUCAUGUUGUGAUGGAGGCCGUUGCUUUUCGACCGGAACAAAACGAGGGACGGCCAAAAGAGAACAACAUCAAAGCGAAGAGGCAUACAAUGCACGUCCAAGGAAUCUCACACUGGGCACCGGCCAAUAUUGGGCCCUACAGUCAAUCGACAAAGAUCGAUGAGAUAACGUAUAUAUCUGGCCAAGUGGCCCUAGUACCUGGUAGCAUGACAAUCAUCGAUGGAGGUAUCCGUCCACAGUGCAAACUUGCCUUAAGACAUAUUAGUCGGAUAGCUAAAGCUAUGAAUGCUCAGGGACAACUACGCGAUGUAGUGCAAGGCAUUUGCUUUGUUACCCACCCAGCAUUUAUUUCAGAAGCUAGAAGGCAAUGGGAGCGACGCACAACGAAUGCCAUUAUGGAUUACAUUGUAGUGCCGGCACUGCCUAGAAAUGCUUUGGUUGAAUGGCAAGUCUGGGCACACACCCAUAAUGAUAGCUUUGAUUAUGAAGAGACUGGUUGCUCAGUACGAGAAUACACUAUUUCUAUUCGACGGCGCUGGAAUUACGAAAAUAAUUGCGCCGCUAUUAUUUGUUACGUGUCAACAGGACUUGCUUCUUCUACAACUCAGUUGACACAACUAAGUGAUGACAUCAUUACCAAUCACCGUCAAGUCGCACAAAAUCUCACAACGGAGAGCUUUGAUGAAAUACUCACUUAUGUUCUUAAUCGAUUACUGAAGGAUUAUCCAGCAUUGAAACGUCUUGAUUCACUCAGUCUUCAACAAACUGAAGAACCCAUAACUAACGAUGAACCUGCAGCAGCAAUCACAACAACAACAACUAACAAUCACAUGCCAAAGAACGUACAUAUUCCAGCGAUUCACCUUAAAGUCUUCUACCAAGUGACCGCAACACCGUCCGUUGAACUACUCCUAAACACUCUACAAGAUUUUAGGAACAAAGUAGCCGACACCGCCAAAAUUGCCUACACUGUUCUUCCUGCUUGCAGUUUGCAUAAUUUUAGUACAUUUUUAUCGAUAUGCGGUAUACGACACGAGUGAAGAAAUUUUGUUUUUGGACCAUUUUAUAAUUAUAUAUACUUAACCCUUUUUCUUUUUGUUAAAAAGUAAUUCUAGAGCAUAAGACAAAAGAAACAAAAUCAGCCGAUUGUUAUUUGUUUGAAAUAACUUUUUGCAUUAUUAAAAUUAUUAUUAUUAUUGUUGUACAAGAAAAACCAAUGAAAACUGUUUUGGAUGCAAAAUAAAUACAACUAUGCAACAAGCGAAAAGUAAUGCGAAAGAAUUAAAAAAAAUAUUAAAUAUUUAUCCAUUGUUACGGUCACUAAAAAUAUAUUAUGUAUGCAUGUAUAAGUUGAACAUUUUUUUCGUAAGCUUUUUAAUA